UUUGCCUGUGACUUUUCGGUUUCGUUUGAAGGAGAGGAGUCGUCUUUCUCACCUUUCAAUUGCAUUUUGCAUUUAAAUUUUCAAAUAAAACUGCUUUUACCUUCCAGUAAUUGAACACUUUGGUGUGCAUGUUUGUUGUUGAACUAUAUUAUUUCAAAUAUUCUGUACAAUUUCUUUAUAGAAACGAUUACAAAAAGAACUAUUGGCAUUGCAAAAUGAUCCACCUCCAGGAAUGACUCUGAACGAAAAGAGUGUACAGAAUUCAAUUACACAGUGGAUUGUAGACAUGGAAGGUGCUCCAGGAACACUAUAUGAAGGGGAGAAAUUUCAGCUUCUAUUUAAGUUUAGUAGUCGGUAUCCUUUUGAUUCACCUCAGGUCAUGUUUACUGGAGACAAUAUUCCUGUUCAUCCUCAUGUUUAUAGCAAUGGUCAUAUCUGUUUAUCCAUUCUAACAGAAGACUGGUCUCCAGCUCUCUCAGUGCAAUCUGUUUGUCUUAGCAUUAUUAGCAUGCUUUCCAGCUGCAAAGAAAAGAGGCGACCUCCAGAUAACUCAUUUUAUGUAAGAACAUGUAACAAGAAUCCAAAGAAAACAAAAUGGUGGUAUCAUGAUGACACGUGUUGAUGCCACCGUUUGGUGAUCCUCGUAGCAGAAGAUAGUCCUACUGAGAAAACGAGCACUUUGAUCAUUCAGUCUUUGACCUCUAGCCUUUGACUGGAAGCGAGCUGUGGGCCAUGGGGACGACCUCCGACUGCGUUCCGCUCGUGUGCGGCUGGGCGCAUGCUGAUCGCUGGCUCAGGCCGUGCAGCCCACGUGCUUUUGUUAGUCAUACAGUAUUAAUGCAGGUGUCCAGAAAUGUCAGAAUAAUUCCAUUAUUUUUGUUUUGAGCUUUUGGAAGAAUUCCGGGUCUUCAUACCUUGUGCAAUACCACUGAGCUCCUCGGCAGUUUGGUGCAUCCAUUGCCGGCAAUGGACGUUGUGCCAGGGAAAGGUUUCGCUCCAGCCACAAAAAAAGAUUGCUGCAUGACAGAGCUUAUGAAAGUUUGGGAUAUAUCUGGAUUAUAAGCAAGGGAUCUACCAUUACCUUAAAAGCCAUCCCAUUCUUUUCUAUUUGGAUUCUAUGCACUGUGAUCACAGAACUAGCAGCAUGAGUUACCAUGCUUAGCUGAAGGACUGUAAUAAGUUCAUUGCAUAUUUAUGAAAUUUUUAUCUGCUGUCAAAUUGUUUUGACAUGGAAGGUUUUUCACGUGACAUUGGCAGAGAGGUACAAUGUUAUCCCUAUGGUGAAAUAAAACUACUUUUUGUACAUAGUUAUAUCUCUGAAGCAAAGGUAUGAGUAAUUUAGGGUAUGAGUGAGUUAAUCCAGAAUCUGUUUUGGGGAUGGGAGAGGAUGGCCGUGGUAUAACUGAACUUUCUGCAGUCUGUAAUUGGGCUUGUAACUCGUGCCCCAGCUCUGCCCGGGCGGAUCACACACUGUCCUUCCCUGCCAGCCAUCAGCAUGAGCCCUGUGCCCACACC